AAGUAGCUGCGUUAGCUCAGUGGAAUUGGCGGGGAGAUGAGAGUGUAGUUGUCGCGUUAAUUAUUGUUUUACUCAUAAUUAAACAACCAUGUCUUCAGUGGAGUAUCUGAGAGAGUUUGUCAACGAGCGACUAACUGCUGCUGCUGAAGAAAUAUUCGGAGUUUUUAAAAGAACCAUCGUCGAGUACGAGGACGUGAUCGACCGUCAGCGCAAACUGUUGGAUGUCGUUUGGAAACCCAAUAUAGAGCUUAUCAGGAUAGAGCUCCCACAGCAACAUGUCUGUAAGGAGAUGGAGGAGGAGCGUCUGGCUGAGCAGCAGCUCCGUAUUCAGGAGAUGAACCCCAGCGUGGACCAAGAGGAGCCAGAGCCUCCACAGAUAAAAGAGGAACAGGAGGAAGUGUGCAGCAGUCAGGAGGGAGAGCAGCUUGUACUGAAGCAGGAGACUGAUGGCUUCAUGUUGAUUCCUCCUUAUGAGGAAAGUGAGCAGAGUGAACCAGAAACAAACAGUGAUCACCAGCUCCUCUCUUACAGCUCUCAUGUCACUGAGAGCCAAGAUCAGGUUGGAGGCGAGCAGGAAGACUCGGGAUUUACUAGAAAUACAGAGCUUCAACCAAAUAAAAGACAUCAUGAAAGCAGUAUUCACAGGAACAAUGAUAACAACUUUACCAUGUCAAAGAUCCACAGUACCACUCACAGAGGUAGAAAUUAUUUCCAAUGUGACACAUGUGAGAGAGUUUUCAAGUUUAAGUCCCAGCUGUAUGCACACAUAAGACAACACACAGGUGAGAAGCCGUUUUUGUGCAAAAUAUGUGGGAAAGCUUUCAGACGUAACGGUGACUUGAAAGUCCAUGUGAGAAUCCACACAGGUGAGAAGCCGUACGGCUGCAAGACCUGCGGGAAAAGAUUCUGUGAGAUGUCCGCAUUGACGAGGCACAUGAAAACCCACACAGGUGAGAAGCCACAUACCUGUAAAAUAUGCGGAAAAGCUUUCAGGCGUCGUGAUGACGUGAGGGUCCACUUGAGAACUCACUCGGGUGAGAGGCCGUAUAUGUGCGAAACAUGCAGGAGAGAUUUCAGAUCUAGCAGUAACUUGAAAAGCCACAUGAGAAAGCAUGUAUGUGAGAAGCCGUAUCAGUAAAACACAGAGGUUCCAGUUGUGGUCACACCCAUCCAGGUGAGAAGGUGUGUCAUUCGAAAUGACAUGGAAGAAUUUUAAAGGUCCAGUGUUGAGGAUUUAGGGGGUAUACUGAAAAAAUGGAAUAUAAUAAGAUAAGUAAGUUUGCUGUAGUGUAUAUUCACCUGAAAAUAAGAAUGUUCUUGUUUUCGUUACCUCAGAAUGAGACGUUUAUAUCGACAUUAGGAGCAAGACCUCGUUUAUGGAGAUAGCCAUUUUGCACCGCCAUGUUUCUACAGUAGUCCAGUACGGACAAACUAAACACUGGCUCCAGGUAGGGCCAUUUGCAUCUUUUGCGUCAGCCACCGUAGUGAGAAGCCCAUCUGCAACAAGCAUCAUCAGUAAAACACUGAUUUGCAACAUUAAACUGCUUUAUUCAGUGUUUUUACCGGUUUAAAUCACAGGGUCGGUUUGUUUUGGAGAGGAAGAGACCUCUGUGGAUGAUUCAGCUCUCGUUAAAACCUCCUGAACAUCUGGAUCUUAAGUUAUCAGAGAAUAAAGUUUAGCAGACAAUAGCAUGUGGUGGGCAAGCUGCCCGUCUCCUACAUGCCAAACUGUGUUGGAAAGACACAGAUUUUUAACAAGAAGCUGCUUUAUUCAGUGAUUUAUCCGGUUUAAUCACCGGGUCCGUUUAUUUGGAGACAAAGAGGCCUCUGCCAAUAUUUCGGCAUCUGGUUAAAGGCGCUGUAUGUAAGAAUGUGGCCAAAACGGUUACUGCACUCAAAUUCAAAAUACUGCCGCGAGUUGUGUCCGCGCCCCCCCUACAGAUUUGAGGUUGCUGGACAGCGGCACGCUGGAGACUGAUUUGUUUGCCCACAGGCGGCUGCCGUGGCAGGGCCGCGUCACCGCAUCCUUGAUCUUCAGAUUUCCAGCGGACCGUUCGAGCAAGUCCGGCUUCUCUGCUGCUAACGCUGCUGCCAGGAUACAGCUGAGGAGGAGCCGGCUGCUAAUGCUAUGUACCGGGACACUGCUAACGCUGCUGCCAGUGUUCUGUCAAAGAUGGUGGAUAAGUACACCAGGAUACAGCUGAGGAGGAGCCGGCUGCUAAUGCUAUGUACUGGGACACUGCUAACGCUGCUGCCAGGAUACAGCUGAGGAGGAGCCGGCUGCUAAUGCUAUGUACCGGGACACUGCUAACGCUGCUGCCAGUGUUCUGUCAAAGAUGGUGGAUAAGUACACCAGGAUACAGCUGAGGAGGAGCCGGCUGCUAAUGCUAUGUACUGGGACACUGCUAACGCUGCUGCCAGGAUACAGCUGAGGAGGAGCCGGCUGCUAAUGCUAUGUACCGGGACACUGCUAAUGCUGUUUGCCGUGCUGCUGUAGCUCAGUCGUAACUGUAACUGAUGUUGAGACUCUACUAACUGCAUGACUGGUAGACGGCGGUGGGUGGCGCAACAGGCCAAAACACAAAUUCAAAACAUAAACAUGAUUUGCAGACUUUAAAAAUAUUUUUUUAAAUGUGAAUAUUCUGGCCGUACUAUUGUUGUCGGUGAGAUCAGUAUGUUAUAUGAACAUUAUUCCUUAGUCUCUGUGACAUAUUAGGAUGAUUUUACGACUAUUUGCUUUAGAUUUCUUACAUAUAGCUCCUUUAAAGAAUUCGAACUGAGGAAAGUGAGUAACUGAGUUACAAAAUGUGUCCUGGGAACAGCAAAAAGUAACUGACUAGAUGAUCUCGGGCACGUUCAGGCUAAUAGGGUGUUAAGAGAUCCAUGAUAUACUCAGGUGCUCGUCCAGGUCGUACUUUGACCUGGACCUAUUAGAAAAAUUAGCGCUUUUGUACAUUCAUCUUGUUUUUUAACAUUAUAUUAUAGUCUGGUAUAUCCAUAUCUCACCUACUGUCAUAUUGUAUGGGCCAGUACUUUCCCCACAUAUCUUCAUAAAAUUCUACUGCUGCAAAAGCGUUUUGUCAGAAUGGCUACUUUUUCCAAGUCAUGUGCCCCAACCGCUCCACUUUUUUUGAAAUGUAAUGUACUGGCUAUUUUUGACUUAAAUAUUCUUCAAAUAUGUACAUUUAUUUUUAAAUUGAAGUACAUGGGUACAGACUUGCCACAGAGUUUCCAAACACUUUUCAUUUGUAAUUCUCAAGUCAAUUAUUAUUCAACCAGACAAAUCAGUAACUUGUACCUACCAAUGUAUCAUACAUCUCGAGGACAGUUUUCAUUAAGAUACCGUGGAGUCCAAUUAUGGAAUACAAAUUUGCAUUUAUUAACCGAUUCUAUGUCUCUAUCUAGAUAUAAAAUGAAACUCAAGGAAGCUUUGAUGUCAAAGAGAUUUGGUAUUGUAGAAGCUUGACGGACUUGUGUUUUCAACAUGUGUGCUGUUUUGUGAUUUUAUGUUUUUUCUCAAUGUUUGAAUUCAAUAUUAAUUAGGUAGAAGAUAUUUUGUUGAUGCAUUGUUAGUAUUAUUACUGUUAGUAUUUUAAUUUUAUUUUAAUUUUCCUAGGUGGGGUUUUUAGAUAAGCCCGUAAUGGGUUUCUACCUCACCUGCACAUGUCAUGUAUCUGUUGCUUUUAUAUUUGAAUUUUCUUUAAGAAUGUGUUAAUAAAACUAAACUAAAACUA